AUGCAAGAGAUCGGAGAUUUAUCUAACGGCAGCUCCGCGGCGAGUAAGAGGAACAGAAUAUCGUUUGUUUGCCAAGCAUGCAGGAAGAGUAAGACGAAGUGCGAUCGUGAAAAGCCAAGUUGCACAAGGUGUUUGAAGCAUGGAAUUAAGUGCGUAUAUGACGUCGAACGACAAACCCCUCCCAAGAACCCAAGUAAGGACGCGAUGAUCGCCCGGCUGCGAAGAGAGGUGGAAUAUUGGCAGGCAAGAGCCAUAAAAAAUCAACAAAAUGCAACGGAUGAUAAGACAAGCGUAAGUAGGGAAAGUUCGGACAAAUCAAGUGGGGAUGACAGCUACCAUGAUAACGAGCCGUAUCAGAAACCCGUUCCUCGACCUGAAGAUAUCAUGGUCAAUUUCUAUCGUUUCUUUCCUAACAUCAUUAUGACGGACUGCUCGAGCCGAGACAUUAAGCCCUCUUCAGACAUUGCGCAGGUAAUGCAGGAUAAAUUUCUAUCCGUGUUUUUCGCGUCUGUUUUCGCAGCGUCAAAAGGUAAUGCGCUGAUAAACUCAAUAUCAACCGAAAAACGGUAUUCAUAUUCUAAGCAAUCGAAUUUUCACCAAGAUUUAUUGAACCUCAGAGAUCGUAUGCUGAAGAACUGCUCCAAUGACGUUCAGCGUGCUCGUGUGAAUCAUUUCAUUGACCGAAUCAUGCAGGGAAGCGAUUCUCCCAAAGAAGUAAGGACUGGAUUCUUUCUCAACUUAGUGACAACUCUAAUGCACAAGACAUUCGUGGAAAAUACUGCACAUGAAGAGGGUGUGUAUUCCAGCAUGCUUGCAGAUCUAAUAUCUCAGGCAGAAUCAACAUUACCAUCACUCACAGUCAUUGAGCAAUACAAAAGAUAUUUUUACAAAUGCGUCUACCCUUUCAUACCAUAUCUUGAUAUGUGCACGUUUGAAAAGACGUUGGGAGAAAUUAUAGUGGUCAACUCCGCCAAUCCGCAGAAAGUCAAGCUCGUUUUGGGUAAAAAAGACUUAAGGAUGAAAAUCGAGACACUUGCCAUACUUUUAGUGAUUUUGAGUAUUUCCUACAAUGCUAUGAAAUCGGAGUUGAGCGCUUGUAAUUUCAUAACUUCGUCUGCAAAUGACAUGAUUCAAAACAGCACAUUAAUAAAAGAAUUUCCCAUCAACGAAAGCUUUGUGCUACUAUCACAACGGGCCAUUGCUAGUCUUAACUUCUUUGUUUGGACUACAGAAAACUCAUUAUGCUGCCUCAUGUACAUGUGGGCGUUUUUCGCAUUUUCGCCUGAUGAAGGUGAUUUUUAUUACGGACAACCCACCGAAUUUAUCAUGGGCUGUAUCACUACAUUAGCAACUAACAUAGGGCUGCAUAGAGAUCCAACUCACUAUAAACAAUUCAAGGAAGGAACUAUCAUUGAUCAACGUCGGGUGAACUAUAGGAGAAAGUUGUGGCUUUGUAUUGCCACGAUGAAUAGUGUCGAAUCAAUUUUAAAAGGAAGAUAUACUCAAGCAAUGAACGACUAUAUGAACUCAUUCCUUUCAGAAAAUAGUAGAAAUUCGAAUUCAUACAUGAACCUAGUAAUAAGUGACUCUGUGGAUAAGGAGCCUUUGAACUUGAGAAUACAUUCUUGGAUAUUCCAAAGGUACGAAACAUUUGCACUUUUAUUGGAAUUUGAUAAGGUUUGGUUGAAUUUGAAUAGUGAAACUUCUCUCGACUAUAUUGAGGAACUCAUGAUGAAAGUACGAGAUCGUGUGGACAAAAAUUUCAGUAUCGAGGAUAUGAAUAAAACGGAAGGUGAUGAAGUGAUCACAAUCCCUCACUUGCGAGGAUUGGCUGAAACUUUAAAUAUAGGAGGAAUUCAAAAAGUUAGCAAAUUCCAAACCUAUCUAAUUGCGCGCUUAAUUUUGUUAAGAGUUCUUUUCUCACUUUUUCUAUAUUUCGAGAUAAAGUGCAAUGACUCCGAAUAUAACUAUUUCCCGUAUUACAUCAAAUACUUGAUGGAAAUGAUACAGGAAUUCCUUAGGGUUACAAAGAUUUACGAGAAAUUUUACAACGGUGAAUUGUCAAACAGUUCUCAAUCAUUUACAACUUUUGCCACAGACAAAUCGAUGCAAAUGUGUAUCGGUACAAUUCUUUACACGGUGGUCGCCUUAAUCCUUCGCUUCACGCAUGCAAUACACCUUCUUCAACAAGUUCAGAAAAAUGAGCAGUUUUUUUACGGCGGUCGCCACGAUAAUUUAAAAACGACUGAAUCUAGUAAAAAAUUGGAAGUUUUGAAUAGUCUAAGGAGGGAUUUUGAAUCAUUGUUGGAGAAAAUCUGUCAACUUUCUUCCAGACAUCUAAGAAUUACUUUCUUCUCUGUGUUUAAAAUGUUACUUUGUUUUGAUUACAUUCUACAAAUUAUCAAGAAAGACGAGUUAAUGAAUAAAAUGGCAAGGCUCUCUAAUCUUGAAGUCUGUGAUGAGGGAAAAACUAAUUUAUUUCUGGCGUUUGGUUUUGACAUCAGCAAAAUUGGAGAGCUUAUGCAAGGUCUUAAUGAUGCUAAUCAUCUUACUUUAGUUGACGUGGACUCACUGAUACAGAUACAAAAUUGUAUGCACGAUAUGGAUUUCUCAGAAGCUCAGAUGUCUGAUAUAAUGCGGGAAAUGCCGAAGCAAAAUAUGGAGGCCACAUUUGGAAAUGAAACUUACGGCAGAUAUAAUAAAUCGCAACAAACUGUUCCUAACGCAUUGUCUACAGACCAUCAAAGCUCGAAUGACAUAAUUUCUGGUAAUCCUGGGGAAACGGUUGCAAACUCAAACUCGACUACUUCUGUUUUUCCCCUCAGCUCUGCUUUGGAUCUUGAAAGUUUUGAUUAUUUUGACCUAGAUUUCUUGUUUAGAGAUGGUUGA